AUGACAAGUCGCGACCAUGUAGCAUAUCAGGAUGGAAGCUUGAGCUUUUAUGUACCGGAGUUGUUCGAUUGUGGGUUGUAUUACAAUACAAGCGUUCCUAUGCUAAUUAAAGAUGUAUAUGACUGCAUUCAAAAGUCUCAGGAAAGGUGCAUCAAAUUUUAUGGAAACCGAAUAUCACGGCUGUUCUGGAAAAACCAUCCGAUCGAGCGAAUAUGCGUAUUUGGCCUAGUGAUUAACCACCAAUGGAAAGAGCUCUUCAAGAGCAAAGAGGAGUUCAUGCUCAUAAGCAUUGAUGAUUGCUCCUCGCCACGAUGUAUGGAGCCGAAAAUCCUUGUUUGCAAGUGUCCCAAGCCUGUGUUUUUGAGCUGUGGAAUAAGCGGUGAUUUAUCGAGAAACAAGGUACGUGUCUAUGGUACGACCAGUUUCAAAUAUCUAGAGUUACAGGUCGAACAUUUGGAGAUAUGUAACGAUCUGACACUAGAAAUUCAACAUUGGCAGAAAGCCAUCAAGAUGUGUCAUCAAUUGAAUAUUCCAUGGCAGAUUGAUGCGGAGUCCGUACAAGAGUUUUAUAGUCGACAAAAUGGCAACAAUGAACAAGAUGAUUUUAUAAGCAAACUAGAGUUCCACAAUGCGAAGGAUGAAUUGCUUUAUUCUAGCCCACAGGAUAAUGAAGUUGAAGUGACCGUCCUGGCCUCUAGUGCAUUAGUCUCUACUGGUACGGAGUAUAAGAGAAGUCUAGAAAUAGAACUAAACAUGAAUACAAGUAACAUUAUGCUUGGCUCACUAGAAAAUUGCUCUGUAGAAGACUACAGCAAUGAUAAAGCUCAUUUGGCUAGCGCUAGUUUCCAAUUGACAGAUGUUGCCGCAUAUAACAGUACCCAGGCGAGAAACACUCUGUCGAGGUAUCUUAUCAGAUGCGGCGAUUGUAAAAUCAGCAUAGUUGAGCUCUUUAAAAUGAACCCUAUAAACGAUUAUAUUGCCAAGUUUGCAGAGUUUCGAUUCAACCAGAAAAAUAUGGCUAGUAUUAAACCAGUGGAACAAAUGAAAUCUGAAAUUUUUGUCGAUCUCCUCAAUAAGUUGAACAACUGCGGCCUUCUGAUAUUUGUCAAUCAAAACUUGAUAAAUACAGAACCUUUGAGAUCUCUCUACGAUUACUGCACGAACAGGUUGUUAGCACUGAUAAAAUUGAAAUGCUUUUCAGGCACCAUAGAUCAUGAGCACAUAAAAAUGAAACUUAACAUUCCGAAAUUAUCAAGAAGAGCCAUAAUUGAUAUCUUCAAAGAGUCAAUCAAGGAUAUUUUGGAGGAAUAUCCAAGCUUAUUACGGAAUUGGUGGAUUGAGAUGAAUUCCGGAAAAUUUUCAAUUGUCCACCUCGAAUACCAAAAUAACUGA